AUGCGGGACGUGGUGAGCCCGAAGUGCGCCUGCGGGAGGGGGCAGCCUAAGUUCGGGCUCGAAGGCGGCAGGGCUACUCACUGCAGCAAAUGCAAGUCCGAUGAUAUGCUGGACAUACGCAGCGCGAAGUGCGCCUGCGGGAGGGGGCAGCCUAAGUUCGGGCUCGAAGGCGGCAGGGCUACUCACUGCAGCAAAUGCAAGUCCGAUGACAUGCUGGACAUACACGGCGUGAAGUGCGUCAAUGGGUGCGGUACGAGGGCCGUUCAUGAGCGCUACAAAGGACAUUGUCUGCGGUGUUUCGUGCACUUGUUCCCAAGCGAGAAGGUGUUUCGCAACUACAAGGUCAAGGAGCAGCACUUUACUGAUUACAUCAAGGCGGCGGGCGUCCUUCCAGAGCAUGCGGGGAUCACCUUCGACAAGCGGCUCCAAGGGGGAUGUUCGGGAAAGCGGCCCGAUAUCUUCGUGGACGUGUACACUCAUACGGUGCACUGCGAGAACGACGAGGAUCAGCACCGUGGCGCUACGUGCGAGAGCAAGCGCACGAUGGAGCUCUUCCAGGAUGCCGGCAACCGCCCCCAGGUCCAGCUGCGGUUCAACCCGGACGGCUUCACGUCUGCGGACGGGAUCAAGCACCGGGGCUGCUUCAAGUACAACAAGUUCGGAGUGCCGGUGAUACGGGACCUGGCCACGUGGCAGAGGCGCAUGGGUGCGUUCAUCGAGCGCCUGCGUUACCAUCUCACCAACGUGCCGGAUCGCGAAGUCACGUUGGAGCAUAUGUUUUACGAUGGCUACGAUUGGACUAGCAACAUAGAGGGCGAUAGACUAGGCCAGAAGCGCAAGCGAGUGGAUAAUCAAGGGCCCGAGGCCAGCUUCCGAUGCGACCUGAUGAGCGAGCAGUGCACGGCGCAUUCUGCGUCCGGUGCGCGAUGCAAGCGGGUCGUGUGCAUAGGCUUGCCAUACUGCUGGCAACAUAUGAGGUCCGUGUCUCACGUGACGAUCAAGGACGGCGUACACGGCAAGGGCUUGUUCGCAUGGGCUCCCGGGGGCGGGCAUGCGAAGGUUUUUCGAACCGGUGACCCUUUGGUCGUCUACGGAGGAGAACAUCUAGCGACCCCACAGAUCGAUCAGCGAUACGGUCUGCAAACCACUGCUCCGUAUGCGCUAGAGCUCACGCAGAACCACAUCGUAGAUGCGGCAUGUAAGAGGGGCAUCGGGUCCAUCGCCAACGCCCCACGCGGGACCAACAAGAAGACGAAUGCGAAGUACGCGAUGAAUAACGUCACCGGCACCAUGAUUCUCCGGGCCACCAGGCCGAUCUACGGCGGGCAAGAGAUCCUCGUGGGGUAUGGCGGCGGGUACUGGGCGGGUCACAAAGGCUCACACAAAACAAGGAGACGUUGA